UCAACUGAACUGUCGCAAUAUAAAAAUGUGGAAAAAUCCAUUAAAAUAUCCAUUAUUUCUAUUUGAAUUGUUGAAUAAUUUUUUUCUUAUUUAUUUUCGGACUUAUGAUGAACUAUGUUAAAAGUAUAAAGUGAUGUAGAUAAAGGACCAAACUCAUAUUGUAUGAUAUCCAGGUAAUAACAGAUAAAUACGACCGACAGCAAGUGAUAAGAUCGUGCUACUCGUGCCCGUUUCGUGGUUCUUAUCGAGUUAUUUGUUUGCUACUCAGUGUGCCCUCGCUCGACCCCCUAGUUCCUUGGCCCGCUUAUCACAGUGAACAUGAAUAAAAUGAGACGACAGAAGUCGGGUUGACAAGAAGGACUAGUUCAAGAAGCCUGGCCACAGGCAAGAAUCUGGCCAGCAAGAAAAUCCGCAAUGAGUUGCCGCCUGAGGGGGAGGUCACAAAGUCAGUGUUCAUGUCUCAAUCAACGGACAUCAACACAAAUUUGGCUCUGGAAGAUUGGAUGUAUCGGAACAUGGACUUCAGUAACCACCAUGUGAUGAUGGUGUGGCGUAAUGAGCCAUGUGUUGUUAUCGGCAGACACCAAAACCCUUGGCUUGAGGCUAAUGUGCCAUUCUUAGCUGAAAAGGAGAUAACAUUGGCUCGGCGUAACAGCGGUGGGGGAACUGUGUAUCAUGACCGUGGUAAUCUCAACAUUACAUUUUUCACACCAAGAGAAAGAUAUGAUCGAAAGUACAACUUGGAGCUGGUGAAGAGAGCACUGUACAGAGGAUUUGGAAUAAAAUCUGUCAUCAAUGAUCGUCAUGACAUCAUUGUACAAGACAAAUAUAAAAUAUCAGGAACAGCUGCAAAAUUAGGACGCUUGACCGGAUACCAUCACUGCACUCUUCUAGUCAAUGCCAACAAGGCAGAUCUCACCAAGGCACUUGCUAAAAGAGAGCAUGGCAUACAGACGACAGCGACGGCGUCCACGCCUUCCCCGGUCGUGAAUCUGGCUGAUAUGGACAACAAAGUCACCGUGGAAGCUUUACAAACGGCGAUCGGGUACGAGUACCUGAGGACUCCAGCACUGCGUUUGGAUGAUGGCGGCGAACGGCAGAUCUUGAAACAGAGAGGUUUUCAAUUCGUCAACCCCACUGAAGACUGGUUCCCAGGUCUCUCGGAACUGAAGAGCGAGCUAGAAUCAUGGGACUGGGCGUUCGGUCGAACACCCGAGUUCACUGUCAGUCGAUCCUUCCCUGUACCCGCGGAACUUCUAGCGCCGUCCAAAGUAUACUCAGCAACGCAGGAGUUGGUUAUCUCCAUGACAGUAGAGAAGGGUCUUAUCGACGAUGUAACUCUUAAUAUUCCUCCCGGUUUAGUGGAGUCUGGAUUCCACGGGGAGGCGUCCGUUAUAACUCAUCUUAAAGGCAAAAGGUUCACAUCCGAGGCCCUUUCGGCUCUUGAGGACGCGAUGUUAACACGUCACGGAGAUGUGAAAAAGUUGGACGACAAAGAACAGUUUGUCGCCAAAUGUUUCGAUCAAGUUGUUAAUACUAUCUAGUUUGUUUUGUAUGGGCCAUCCUUUAAUUACUUCACAUGAUAAGGGAAGUGAGUCCAAGGUUCCACGCCAAGUGUAACAAAAGAAGCUGGGAGCUAGAAUAAAAUUAUAUGAUUAAUAUAAGUUCACUGCUGGACGUCUUCCUUAGUUUCCGGGAGAUCACUCUCGCAUUUUGGGACUUACACGAUCAUAAUGAUUACUUUAAUGAUAACAUUGUAAUCGAAAAGAAAAAUUUAUGACGUCAGGAAAUGGUGUGGAUCUAAAAACGAAUUGUGCAACAAGUUUUCUGACAAGUUCAUGUUCGUAAUUAUCGGAUGGUUCCUAAAAAUCCGAUAGGUGCUAUAUUGUGUUUUGUUUGUUGUAAAUAUUGUCGUUUUAUAAGUAGAUAAGUUGUUUGUUCAACGGUUGUACAUUUCAUCGCGUAGUGUAUGAUAUUAAGAUAUAAAUGGUUCAAAGGUGAAAUAGUCAUGUGUAAAUACUUCGUUAAUUUGAAAUGCUUGUAUAAACUAUAAAGGUGCGUCGCCAUUGAACUUUAUUUUAGAACGUGUUGCUUUUUUUUUGUUCUCAAGAAUAUUUUCUUACUCCUUUUGGUUUAUGAAGUUCUAAGGUGUAGUUUAGAUCGACCUUGUAAAUUAUGCUACGAUAUGUAACGGCACCAAUUCCUAUGUACACAAAUCUAAAAACUAAAUUGCCAGAGUGCUAUAUUUGAUCACAAAUUACAAAGGAUGUAAAUAUUUUUGAUACUUGAUCUGUUAAAGUUAAUAGAAUUUUGUGUACUAAUGCAGUGAGGGCACAAUUAUAUGAUCAAAACAUAUUUUUUUUGCUAUUAACUCCCUAAUUAAAUUUUGGAAUUUUCUAUUGUUUAUACUCAAAUUGAUUUUGCUUCGUUAUUAUGUGUUCUUUUAGUUUAGUUUUAUUUAAUGUUUAUUAGAGGCACGUAACGUGGUGUUGCGUUAACGUUGUGAAUUUGUGAUGUUUUAAUUAACAGAGUUGACACAUUUGCGGGGUCGUACUCUUGAUGCAACAUCACGUCGCGUCUCUAAUGUCUAUUUCAAAGGGGCACUGUUGUGAGUCAAAGCAAUGAAAGAAGAAUAGGAAUUUGGAGUACCAGUGGUUAAGAGUGGCAUCUAUUUCAAAUUUCCAGAAAACACUGUUAGACAGUGCUUUAAUGCAUCUAAAGAUUUUUCGUAACCUAUUUUUAGAAGAUUUUUCUAUAUCAAAGUCAAACAAAUUAAUAAACGAAAAGAGUAAACAAAUUUUAUGCUCGAGCUAUAGUUCGAGCUCCCGUUAUUGGCCCGUUUAAAUGAUAAUAACUUUGGUGUAGUUGUUUUUAAACUACCUUAAAAUAAUCCUUAUCAAACCCAGGCUUCUUUUUGUCUGCUACCUAUCAAAUGGGUUCAGUCCAAUAAACAGUGAAUAAUCUCUAUAAAAAAAAUCUAUAUAAUAGAAUUCUAGGUAAACGAUCUUUAUUUACACAUCAGAUGUCGGCAGUAAAGCACUGAUCUACAUUCUAAAAAUAAAUUAGCAAAAAGGUACUUUGUACGUACCUAGUUGUAUGGAGAUGUUCUGUCUAAUGCUCUGCCUCACGGCGCUUCCCUCGAGUGAAAUAGCGAUAACUACCCGCGAGUCGCACUCACGUGCCGAACGCUACAAGAAUGCAUCAUAUCAUUUGUUUUAAUUUAAAUUUUUAAUCUAAUUACAGAAUUAAUUUUAUCUACCCAAUUAAUUUUACUUAUAAAACAUAUAACGUAGUUUGUAUGUUGUAACGAUUUUAUGUUAGACUACUAUUAACCUAGACCAUUUCAUCAUUCAUCCGCAGUUUGUAACAACUGUCCCAAACGGGUCCUUUUUUGUAUGAAAUGGACAUAAGGCACGCAUAGAAUAAUUUAUACUUAAGUACGAUUUUUGUGUUAACGCUUUUUUCGAUGUAUUGAUAUUACUUUGAUAUUGGAGCCGCUAUUAUUAUUUGUAAUGUACUAACAAAUUCUAUCUCAUAUUUUAUUAAGCUGUAUUGAAAUAAAGCUUUAAAAGUUACUA